AUGGCGCAGGCACAAGACGUCAAAAUCCACCAAACAAGGAUUCUGCCCAUAGAUGCCACGAAGCUGGGUUGUCUUACGGACAAAACCACAAACUCGGGAAUGCCUCUGGAGGACUGGGAUCUGGAACCGGAUACCACAACACAAGACGGGAUCGACCUCCAACUAGCGGCCUCAAAUCUCAAAGAAUCGGAUAUUCCGGUCGCAUUUCCAACGGAGACGGUCUAUGGGCUUGGUGCGGACGCAACUCGCAGCGCAGCGGUGAAGGGAAUCUACCAUGCGAAACAGAGACCAUCCGACAAUCCUCUGAUCGUACAUAUAGCAUCGCUGAAGCAACUGAGGCGGCUACUAUCUACCUCCGAUUCGCCAUCCGACAUCGAUCCAAUUCCACAGAUCUACCACCCACUGAUCAAACGCUUCUGGCCAGGCCCCAUCACAAUAAUUCUGCCAGUACCAGAGAACUCCAAGUUAGCGCCUGAAGUCACGGCUGGGUUGCGCACUUUUGGCGCGAGAAUGCCACGGAAUCUGCUCGCCUUGGCAUUGAUCAAGACUGCAGAUGUACCAGUGGCAGCACCAUCAGCCAAUGCUUCGACCAAACCGUCACCCACAGCGGCUGAACACGUGCGCUAUGACCUGGAUGGCCGUAUCGAGUUGAUCGUGGAUGGAGGCCCUUGCGACGUCGGUGUGGAGAGCACUGUUGUCGAUGGGUUGAGUUCACCUCCUGCGGUACUCAGGCCAGGUGGUAUUGGAAUUGAUCUGAUCAAGACGGUGCCUGGCUGGGAGAAUACAGCAGUGGGCUAUCACGACGUUUCUAUGAAAGGAGAUGCAGCGCCGAGGGCACCGGGGAUGAAGUACCGACAUUACUCUCCAAAAGCGCCUGUCAUGCUGGUAGAAUCCACCGGUGAGAGGCAACCCUCCAUCGCAGAUCUGGCACGUCAACUCGGUACAAAUGGCAGUCUAGGUUUGCUGCACGCAGAACAAGUCACCCUGGAGGAUGCCGGAAGGAGUUUCACCGUAUGGGACAUGUGCAUAGGACCGGAUACGCCAAGUGUGGCGCGUGGCCUGUUUUCAGCAUUGAGGGAAUUGGAUCGCAAGGAUGUGGAUGCAAUCAUCGUUGAAGGUAUCGACGACGGAGAAGGCGACAUUGCGGCGGCAGUCAUGAACCGGCUGCGCAAAGCGGCCGAGGUCAAGCUCGAGCAACUUUGA